CUUACAUCGUGAUUAUGAUCGUGAUAGUUAUUCGAAGCCGACCAUUGCCGAGUGAGAAGCAAAAAUACUGAAUGGUUAAGUUUGUUUUUCAUUGUUUUCACUGCGAUCACAUUGGUGCAUGUUUUGUGACAGUGUUGAAUAUCAAAACGGUGUGUUGCCUGUAAAGACCCAUUUUAGCAAUGUGGGUCGUAUUACUUAUAAUCGCUUCAAUCAUCAUUUAUCUUAUUAAAUCCGGGUGGUUAGAUAUUUUAAAGAAAACUUACAAAAGAGAUUUACGAGCGGUGCAUAGAUUUACGCGACUUAACUGGACGUUGAGGUGUUGGCAACAAAGGCAACUCACUGUAGUAAAAAGAUUCUUAGAAGUUACGAAAAAACAUCCUGAAAAAGUUGCUUUCCGUUUCGAAGAUGACGUUUGGACGUUUAGACAGGUUGAUGAGUACAGUAACAAAGUUGCAAACUACUUUAAACAAGAAGGAUUCGUUCGUGGCGAAACUGUUGCCCUAUACUUGGAGUCAAGGCCUGAAUAUGUAUGUUUAUGGCUUGGUUUAUCUAAAAUUGGUGUCGUAACGGCCCUAAUAAAUACAAAUUUAGUCAGCGAUCCGUUUGUACAUUCUGUACAAGUUGCAGAAAGUAAAGCUAUAAUAUAUGGAUCGGGAUACUCUGAAACAAUAACGAAUGUUUCCAAAAAGUUGAGUGGACUGAAGCUGUAUCAGUUUCAUGAAGAUUUAAAAAAACCUUUAUUAAACGGAAGUGUUGACCUUAGAGCAAAAUUGGAAGAAAGCAGUCCCAAUUAUGUAAAAGAUAUUGCAGAAGGAAAAACUAGAGACAAGGUUUUAUAUAUCUACACUUCAGGUACAACUGGAUUACCUAAAGCAGCUGUAAUCACAAAUGUGAGAUAUUUUAUGCUUACUAUGGGGGUGUAUAGCAUGAGUUCUAUGACAGAAGAUGACGUAGUUUAUGAUCCUUUACCACUAUAUCAUAGUGCAGGUGGCAUUUUGGGCGUAGGACAAUGUUUAUUGAACGGUCUCACUGUUGCUAUACGAAAGAAAUUUUCUGCUUCCAACUUUUGGAAGGAUUGUAUAAAGUACAGAUGCACAGCUGCGCAAUACAUUGGGGAAACAUGCAGAUAUAUUUUGGCUUCUACAAAAGAUGACAAGGAACAUGAUGGUCAUUCGGUAAAAAUUAUUUAUGGAAACGGUUUAAGACCUCAAAUAUGGACUAAAUUUGUAACUACGUUUAAUAUAGAGGAAGUGUACGAAUUCUAUGGCGCGACUGAAGGAAAUACAAAUUUAAUAAACAUUGACAGUACUCCAGGAGCAAUUGGAUUUGUUCCCCGUUAUGCUCACCUUUUAUAUCCUGUUGCCUUGGUGAAAUGUGAUUCUUUAACAGGAGAACCGAUUCGUAACGAAAACGGUUGCUGUAUACAUUGUAAACCUAACGAAGCAGGCGUUCUUUUCGGUAAAAUUAACCACAAGAAGGCAUUCUUUUCGUUUUCGGGGUACGCCGAUCCUAAAGCAACUCAGAAAAAAAUAGUUCAAAAUGUCUUCAAAAAGGGAGACUUUUACUUCAAUUCUGGUGACAUACUGGAGUAUGACGAUUAUGGAUAUUAUUAUUUUAAAGAUAGGACUGGUGACACUUUCAGGUGGAAAGGUGAAAAUGUGUCAACUUCUGAAAUCGAAGCUGUAAUCAGUAACACUGUUGAACUUAAAGAUGCAGUUGUUUUUGGGGUUGAGGUGCCUCAUACAGAAGGAAAAGCUGGUAUGGUUGCUAUUGUUGACUUGACCGAAACUUUAAACAUAAACGAGUUAUCUGAAGGACUUAGGGCUCAUUUACCAGGAUAUGCGAUACCCCUUUUUGUUAGGGUCAUGCAUUCCGUGCCUAUGACUGGAACAUAUAAGCUUAAAAAGAAAGAAUUACGUGAUGACGGUUACGAUUUAAACAAAGUUACCGAUAAAAUUUACUUCUAUAACUCCAAAGAAAAACAAUACGUUCGAUUCACUCCUGAAUUAUAUGAAAAACUCAAAGAAGGAAAACUAAGUUUGUAAAAAAAUGAGCUUUACGUAUUAUCUCUGAAAGCAUGGUAGUUAAUACUCGAAAGAAAGGAAUAAUUUAGUAUCUAUACAAUAUUAAAUAGCUCAAUCGAACAAAGGCAGAAAAGUGGUGUAGCUAUUUAGUGCAGUACAUAACUGUGAUCUUUUGUAAAUAAUAAUAGACACAUUUACA